GGAAGGAAUGAGCAAGUGGAGUCACGCAGUUUAGGUCAUCUCCAACAAAUGUCACAACAUAAAUAAAAUAGCAUUAAAAUAGCAAAUAAACGAAAUGAAUCGCUUUGCCUAUGUGGAGGCCCGUCUGAGUCCGAACGAAUCCUUUGUCAGCCGCGACAACAAGGUGAAAAUAUACGAUGGUGACCAAAAGACGGAGUUCGAAGAGGGCGAAAUUGUGCUGACCACUCACCGACUGUUUUGGGGUCGUCCGGGGGAAAUAGCCCGGGCCGCCAUAACCCUCUGCCUGCCACUCAGCUAUGUGAUAUCGCUCAGCGAGGAGACGACUGCCUCCAACUUCUUUGGCCGCAAAACCCGCAUCAUUAUGCACCUGCGUCCGCCGGCGCCGGACAAAGGGCCCGGUCCGCUGGACACCAGCCGCGCGACGCACAUCAAACUGUCGGGGAAAAAUGGCCUUAGCAUGGAGUUCCACAGUGCGCUGCGCGAGACUCUGAAUGCCCGCGUCUGGGAGAUUCUCCUGACCAGUGAGACCAACAUCAGCAGUGGAGCGAACAGCCCAACCUCGGAGCCCGCCAACGAUAGACUGGUUCGCAUUCAAAAGCGAACUGGAAUCGGUGGCAUUGAGCGGCAUCUGGAGGCGAAGGCCAAGGCCACGGACGAGAACAUAGCCCUGGCCUUCCAGGAUCUCAGUGUACUGAUGGCCAUGGCCAAGGACAUGGUGGGAGUGUCCAAGACGAUUAGCAGCAAGAUACGCGAACAGAAGGGCGAGAUAUCCGACGACGAGACGGUGCGCUUCAAAUCCUACCUCAUGAGCCUGGGAAUCGACGACCCCGUCACCCGGGACAACUUCACCAGCAAUUCGGCUUACUUCAGCAGCUUGGCGCGACAGAUCUGCGAGAUGCUGCUAGAUCCCAUCGAGGAGCAAGGCGGCAUGAUGUCCUUGGCCGACGUCUAUUGCCGCGUGAACCGGGCCCGUGGACUGGAACUGCUGUCACCCGAGGAUCUGCUGCACGCCUGCGAGCAGCUAAGUGGUCCCAUCCGCCUGCGCAGCUUUCCCAGCGGCGCUCGGGUGCUGCAGCUGGAGUCCCAUGAUGAUGACCUAAUUGCCGUUGACACUUUGGAAAAGGUGCAGGUUGCCGAAUCUCUGGCCGUGGAGGAACUGGCCAAGCAACUAGGAAUCUCCCUUCUGCUGGCCAAGGAGCGAUUACUGGUUGCUGAACGUCUGGGAAAGGUGUGUCGCGACGAGUCGGUUGAGGGACUCCGUUUCUACCCCAAUCUACUGCUAAACCGGGACUAAUUACACUGUGAAUGUGCUUGUUACUAGAUAUGCUUAAUAAACAAUUACUAUAUUUUAUUUAAAACCAA